UAUGUUUUUAUGCUAUGUUUUACUGCAUACUACAUAUAUAUUAAUGUUAGGCCUAUAGACAAUUUAAAAAUAAAUAAAACAUAGCAGGCCAACAACAAAAAAGCUAUAAAGUCUCUAAGGCCUCUUACGAAUUCAAGAGUUAUAAUAAUGAAAUUGAUGUACAGUGGGCUUCACCCACAGCAUUGCUUCGAGCCUGUUAGGUUAGGCAGGGUAUAAAUGUAAGAGAAUAAACAAAUAUGCACUAUGUAUUGUUGCCAGAUUGAUUAAGUAUGAAUCCUAUGCAUAAAAUACCUCAUGCAGAAGGAGAAUUUUGAUAGAUGUAUUUUUUCUUGCCAUUCUAAGCACUGUGAGAACUUUAUUAAUAAAAUGUCUCCCUUUGUUUAGCUGUAAGAGUACUCUGCUUCUGUAUUGAAUGAAGCAAAAAACCCCACAAGAAUGUGCACAAAAAAGCUGAUUCAUAAAUUGAAUUAUAUAUGUGAAUUAUAUAUUCAGCAUAAAAUGCUAAUAAGCAAAAAACAGACAGAGUAGCUAGCAUAAAGCACCCAUUUCCAAAUACAUCCUUCAUCAGUGCCAAACACAUAAAACAAGAAUUAAUAUCUGUUCAGUAUACCAUCUAUAAACAUUUUAAAACCAUGGGACUAUGCUGAUAUAAAUAAAGCAACUAUUACAUACCAAUCUUGGGCCAGAUCACAUAGCCAUUAAGUAAAAAAAUAAGUGUUUCCAAUAGCGUAUGUAUGCUUGUUCUUUGGGUCUUGGGGAGGAACACAAUGACUGUUUUCUACUUACACUGUCGGACGCAGUAUGGCUCUGAAUAGCAGUUCUGGGAAUCAAAACUGGGAAGAAUGCUGAUGUGCUCAGGUUUGGCUGGCACGACUCCUAUAAGCAUUUCAUUGGUCACUGUGAGAGCAGGAUCCUGGACUAGAUGGGUCUUUCACUAGUACUUAAGGGACAACAAACCACUGGCAUUGGUGGGGAGCAAAUAAGCUCCAUUGGGCAAGGCAUUUGUGUCCUGCUGGGUAUCUCAGUGGAAGACACUCAGAAAGAGAUUGAACACAUGGUUAGAAAGAUUUUAAACCUGCGUGUGUUUGAAGAUGAAAGUGGCAAACACUGGUCUAAAAGUGUAAUGGACAAGCAGUACGAAGUGCUCUGUGUCAGCCAGUUUACUCUUCAGUGUAUCCUGAAAGGAAACAAGCCAGACUAUCAUAUGGCAAUGCCUACAGAUCAAGCAGAGACUUUCUACAACAGUUUCGUAGAACACCUUCGCAAAUCAUACAAGCCAGAGCUCAUUAAAGAUGGCAAAUUUGGUGAAUAUAUGCAGGUACAUAUUCAGAACGAUGGACCUGUGACUAUAGAACUUGAGUCUCCUGCCCCUCCCAUUGACCCUAAGCAGCUGGCAAAACUUGAGAAACAGCAGCAGAGGAAAGAGAAGACCCGGAUGAAGGCACCCUCUGAAUCAAGCAGAGAGAGAAAUGUUCCCAGAAGUAAAAAUGAUCCUAGUGCAAGCAGUGGGGCGGAGGGGGAUGUGUCUUCAGAAAGGGAACCAUAACCUAUGAAAAGCAGGUUCAG